UUCUCGCAGCGCCGCGAGUUGCCUUUUUGUCACUUUUUGUUGGCCGCUUGCAGGUGGAUCCAAUUCGUGCUACUGGGGACUCUUUGGCUGGGCUUUGUUUUGACAUCGGGGCAUACUGUUUGGGUCCCAACUCGCCAAUCUGUCAGGAUUUGCGCGACUUCGAAGACGUUCUGGUUGGGCCCAACCGGUGAGGCCCGUGUAUCUUUGGAAAUCGUGACCUCGUUGAGCCAGGCACUCCGAACUUUUGAGCUUGCGCCUCGAGCUCCACGUUCCGACCCCAGAAACCCCCGCCCUUCAGCCCCUGGCGGCCCGGUGCCGAUUUCGGCUGCUUGUUUUGCAGGAUGUGGGUCAGCCAGUCUGACGGAUGGACGCUGCGAAGCCUUGCAAGGCUUGGCCCGACCGACCUUCAGGCCGCGAGUGAAAAGGAGGAGGAGCAUCCAAACCCGUGCGUUGGUGUUGCCAAAGAAGCCAGUCAAUCUUGUGUUUGCUCUGGAAACUUGGCUCGAGGGUACUCAUCAACACUGACACAACAACAGCUCGCAAUGGUUGCCCGAUGGGUCUAGUGCCAGUGCUUGAGGAAUCGCAGGCCGCUCAAGCGCUUUUCGAAUAGCCAUGGCGAUGAUGCGGACCAGGACCAAAAGCCGAGGUAUGUGCCUCUGCCUUCUCGGGAUUGCAUUGGCGCUGCUCGUGCAGCCGAGCACGGACUUUGCUCGAGGAGUUCCUGGGCUGAAGGAGCAUGCAAAACGGCACCCGUUGCAUGCCGGAGUCGCUCGGCGCGCCGGGGCUGCGCAAGAGGACAACAGUGCCGAGGACCGGCUCGAUCUCGAGGAGGUGGUCGCAGAAGCCGACAGGGUGCUGGAGGACAACGGCACGGCGAAAGAGACCAAAGCCGUCUUGCGAAAAGCGCAGAAGAUAUAUCCAGGGAAGUGGACCCUUUCAGGUCUGAAAGACGAGUUGCAACAAAAACUGCGCGAGUUUGUGGAGGAGGCCAAAGCAGCCUCAAAGGGCUUGAACGAGGACCUGCUCCUGGCGCGACAGCAGCAAGCGAGCGCCCAGCGGCAGGUUGAGACUGCCCAGCAGCAGGUGGAGAUGGUGAUGAAGAGUCUGGUUAAAGCCGCCGCCAGAUUGGAGAAGGCGGAGGAAUCAGGCACCAAGGAGGAGGUCAAGGAGGCCAAGGAGGAGGUGGAGAAGGCGGAGAGGAAGGUGGAGAAGGCGGAGAGGAAGGUCCAGGAGGCGGAGAGGAAGGUCCAGGAGGCGAAGAAGGAGGUCAAGGAGGCGAAGGCAAGCGGCCGGACGAAGGAGUCCGAGGCACGGAGCAGUUGGUGCGAGAAGUUGCUCGCGAAGAAGUUGAAGUUUGGAGCAGCCGACCAACUGCUUGCAACAGUUGGGGCCACAUGGGACUAUUGUGGGAAGGAGGUGCUGCGUGAAAGCAUGCAGAUCCCCAUCCAGAAGCUGCACGAGCAAAAGGGGAAGAACAGUGACAAACAGCUUCAUCCUUUGUUCAUCGCAUUUGCAGGCCCAGGGCAAGGCAAGUCCCGGUUGCUGACAGAGUUCCCGGGCCUGGUCGAGCAGUGCUUGCAGAAUGUGUCUGAAAGGCAGAAACUGAAAUUCAGCAAGCAAACGAGGAGCUUCAUGAUCAGCUGCGAGAACGGCCUCUCUCCCGGGGACUGGGCCACGGAGGAGCUCAAUGCCCGACGCUUUGUGGCAUGCCGCAUGCUGUGGCAGCUGCGGAAUGCAAACAAAGAGGCUUUUCGGGAGGUCGGCGCUCCAACAGACUUCGCCGAAUUCCGCAUCCAAUGCCCUGCCGACCUCACACCCUCGCCUGUGCUUAGGUCUGUGCUGCGUGAUGAGCUCAAUCAUACCACGGUGGUGAUCGGAGUCGACGGGAUGCAAGGUCUGCCUGGAUUUGCUGACCGCAGUGAUGCUGCGGGCAAGGACCUGCCAUUCUAUCAGGUGAUGCAGGAGGUCUGCCGCCUCGUCGACCAAGUGGAAGGCCCCUUUGUCGUAGCCUGUGUGGCCGCUUUGCAAAAUGUGAAGAGUGGACUUGCUGGCAGUCCCCAGGCCCGAGUUUUUCUGGAGCUGCCACGCGUGACCGCCGUAACCCGCAACAAACAGCCGGUGCUGCCCGGCCACCGCCUAAAAGACCUCCUGGUCGAAGACAUGGGCGGGCAUGGCAGAGCUUUGGAGUGCCUUCUAGAGGCCUUGAUGGAGAUGCCCAACGCUGCAGCAACUGCCUUGGUGGGUGCAGUUAUGAGACAAUUGAGGCAGAAGUAUCCUGACGCCACUCAGAUUGAGCCGGGUGCAGACCUCAAGGAACUGCUUCGCGCAGCUCUGUCAGGCAGAUGGAUUUUGUCUGGCGAAAUGGUCGGCAAUCUAGAUCCUGAGAAGGUGGAGCUUAUCCGCGUCAAGUUCAAGGACGGCGACUCCUCGCAGUACCGCAUCGACUUGCCCUACAUUUGGUUGUACUUGAUGCUGAGUUUGUCUAAGUUCUCUGACGAUUUGCAACCGUGGAACUUGAUGGACUACCGCUUGUUUGAGUCAGAACCAACCUGGCAACAGUGGGAAGAAUUCAAUGCCAGGUUUCGAGUGUUGCGAGCUUCUGCGUUUGAGGAUGGACAACUAGUUGACAUUGCCGAUCUACACAGGGGUGCAGUGAUCCAGCCUGACAGCUUGAAAAGCACCAAGGUCAUCAACCGGCAUCUGCAAUUUGCCAAAUCCAGGAAGCAAUUGUUGUCGAGGUCCUCACGCUGCGGCAAUCCCAAAGCUCGGACAAAUUUACUUAAGGGACUGGGAAUGCACCAGUGCGUAGUUGAAAUGACAGACCAAAACCUUACAGUGACGUUGACUGACAAACGUGUUUUGGUCGUGAAUGCUGCCGGAGCUCCAGCUGCUGAUGCCUUUCUCAUGUUGGAAGAGGUGAGGGCAAAGGGCAACAAUCACACGAUCUCUGAAUGUUUGCAAUGCAAGAAGGGCAAUUCUCCAUUCAUAGUGGAGAACGAGCGUGACAAAGCAUGCGACACAGCUGACAUCCUGGUGCUUUUGCUGACAAGGACAGAGACUGUGCCACAAACCGGCGGACAGCGCUUGAUCUUCGUAUCUGAAGCGCAGUACCAGGAGUACUUUGGCUUCUACGCUGGUAGAGCCUUCUAUCAAACCAGGGCGGCCAAACCUUGAAGGCUGAAUUGUUGCUGCUGUGCCAUUUCCUGGCCUAGAAUUGGAUCUCGGGGCUCAAAGAAUUGCGGAGCAUGAGG